AAAGCCCUCUACCCUGAAGCUUGUGUCACGUGGUCUCACCAACCCCCUACGGAAUCGGAUUAUGUUUACAUACUUAUGUGUGUAUAAAUGUGUACAGUAUAUAACGCGUGAGGAGAGUUUAUAACGAGAAAACAGACGUGAAGAUGUGUAGGAUAUGGAUUAUUUCAGUCAUUCUAACUGUUUGCCAUGGCAACGACCAGUUGUAUAGAUGUCCUUCGCACCUGCCGAGAGAUGCAUACCUAAAAACUUUUGGAGAGAAGUGUUACCAGUUCGUAAAUGUGGAGAAGUACUGGACACAUGCCCGGGACACGUGCUCGUCACGUGGUGGGAUGCUGGUCCAGAUCAGAACAGCACAGAUUCAGCAAUUCGUCAUGGAGUCCCUCCGAAGCCUUAGCUGGAACAGAAAUGGCGUAUGGAUCGGCGCGCACGACCUUGAUGCUGAAGGUCAUUGGAAAUGGGUGGAAGGGCAUCCGUUAACCUACAGUAACUGGGCCCCGGACCAGCCCGGAGGCUGCACCCUGUUUUACUGCGGGGAGGACUGUGCCAAUCUCAGACUGGACGACCACGGACGGUGGCAUGAUUACGACUGCAGUCUGCCUCCUUACACUUAUUCUUUCAUAUGUGAAUUUUACAUGGGUCCUGCUACAACUACAACAUCCACAACAACAACAACCACGCCCACCACUACAACCACGCCCACCACUACGACCACGCCCACCACCAAAACCACGCCCACUACAACCACCAUGGCCACUUCAACAACCAAGUCCACCACAACCACUUCAACCACCACAACCACGCCCAUACCACUGACGUCAACAAGCUCCGCCCCCUCUACCACUACAUCCACACCUCCAAGCACAAGUAGUGAUUCUGGGGACCCAUCAGUUUUACAAGCAGUUAGACAGAAUCCGGAUGAUAAAAACCUAAGCGGAGGAGAGAUAGCGGGUAUUAUUGUUUCGCUGCUUCUUGUGGCCUUUAUUGGCGGCUUCCUGUGUGCUGUGAUUGUCGUCAGAAGAAGACGAAAAGAGUUACCAAAUCAAGAAUAUACUGUCACUUUUGACAAUGUAACCUAUGUUAUACGGGCUCUUAACCCAUUCCAGCGCGACCAAAGCCAGAGCAGACAUUUAGUGUUAAACGGUACGAUAGGAGAACCCCCUCCACAAUACGAAGAAUUAGACAACCAAAGAAACAACAUUAGUUCCAUACGUUACCAAAGUGAGCGACAAGAAAACCAUUACGAUACAGCUGACAUCACACCAAAGAAAUAUAAACCCACAGUAAACAUGGAAACGUGCACAAAAACUGUGGAAUUUGAGAAAACAAUGCCGCCAGCCUACGAGGCUAGCUACGAAAAGAAAUUGCAUUUAUACGACGUGCCAGACGAGAGUUGUAUUUCACACGAAGAACAACCUUAUCAUGAAAUAUCACUGCCAGCACGACAUUUUGCUAGUGCUAAUCCUUACAGUCUGCCAGAUGAGGGCGCCACUGGCUACGAGACGCCAGUGAGACAUGAACAUCACAAUGACGGUUACGUGGAUACGGAGCAAAGUCACCCGACAGAGGGCGCUAGCUACAAUAAUGAUUUGUAUGACGUAUCUGAUGCCUGAACUGUCAAAAGAAUUCCUCUUUUACUUUGAUCAACGCUUUAAAACAGGGAAGAUGCAAUAUCAAACAGGAUAUUAUUCUUUUAUGUGUGUUAGGCUAUUGACCGUAGAUUGCUUUCAGAUAAAACUUUUAUGUAAAGCAAAUUGUGGACCCAAAUAGUUGUCAGUAAAGAAAUAAAGAUGAACAAAUCCAUUACUGAUUUGCUGCCAUGCAUCUCAUGUAAAAUCCGUGCCAAAUUUGUAACUCAUUUCAGUUGAUAUCAUUGUUUUGUACAACAUUCACAUUUCAGUCCUUAAGAUGAUUUUUUUACGCAAAUGAAUAAACAGAUCAAUCAGCAACAUUAAAAAGGGUAUUGGAAAUAUAAUUUCUUUUUUGUAAACAAAGAGACGUUAUUUUUUCUACUAUGUGUAUUAAAA